AUGUUGUUGAGUUAUGGAUUGUGGGCGACAUGGUCGAUGAGACUCAAUCUCAAUAUGGCCAUUCCAUGUAUGGGAACUUUGGACUGGAAUGCAUCGAUGCAAUCGAUCUUGUUCUCUGCCAGUUUCUUCACUACAUGUCUUACUGUUGUUUUUGCCGGAUAUUUAACAGAUCGAUUUGGACCGAAGAUCACGUUUCUAGGUGCCACUAUUCUUUUUGUUUUUGUUUCGCUCCUCUCUCCGAUCACUGCCAAUCAAUCUUUUUACGGUUUCUUCAUAUUGAGACUUUUGAUGGGUUUAUGUGAUGGUUUCCUUCUUCCAUGCAUCAAUAGUUUUGUGACAAGAUGGUAUCCGUUGAAUGAGAAGUCGACAAUGGUUGCUGUCACUUCGUCAGGAACUCAACUAGCAGCUGGUGGCUCUGCACUAAUCAGCUCUUUUCUUUGUCUCUCCAUCUUUAAAUGGCCAUCGAUCUUCUACUUCUUUGCGAUCAAUGGUUGUAUCUGGUGCUUUAUUUCCUAUUUUCUUGUCACCGACUCUCCUCAAGAAAAUCGUUUGAUGAGUCGAGGAGAGAAAGACUACCUCCUGAAAGAGGUUUCGACAGUAAAAAACAUAUCGAAGCACCACUCUGUGCCAUGGAAGGAAAUCUCUUGGUCAAGACCUGUCUUAGCGUGCAACAUUUGCUCGAUGACAUCCAAUUUUAUUCAAAAUUUGAAUCAAUCCUUUCUGCCAACAUAUUUCAAAGAAGUUUUAUUAUUAUCAAUGAAGAAGAAUGGUUUUAUCACGAUGAUCCCGUUUUUUGCGGAAUUAACCUCAAAAAUCUCGAUGGGAAUUCUCUCGGAUUAUUUGAAAAGAGAGAAAGAAAUCAAUGCAACAAAGCUAUCAAAAAUCUUUCAGACAAUCAGCUCAUUUGGUUCAGCGAUCGGUGUGCUGUUGUUGGCCACAAUUCCUACUUCUGAGAAACCCUACCUCUCAAUUCCUUUUCUUUUAAUGACUGGUUUUUGUUUCUCGUGUCAAACCCCGGGUUACGUCGUCUCACAAGUGACAAUCGCUCCUCCUUACACUGGCAUUAUUACCGCUAAAAGUCAAAUCAUGGGAAAUUUGGGAAAUCUUGGAGCCCCAUUACUUUUGACUUUUCUCAAUCAUUUUGUGAAUUUUCCUUUUUCGAAUCAU